AUGGUCCUGUUAUGUUCCAGUUAUGUCAGCUCUUAAUUCAGCAGGAUGUGUGCUCUUUAUCUACAGCCUUCAGAUGCCAUUUUCCUCACACUGAUGCAUGAAAUCAAAGUGUAUCCAUUUCCUGGAGUGUCUGAGAAGCACAUUAGCACUGCAGCUCAGCUGGAUCCUUGGCUGACUGAGUUUGCUUUACUUCCAGAAUCCAUAUGGGUUUGUUUCUUACUAGGCCAUGCUGCUGAAAUCUUUGUAGUAACUAGCUGUGGACAGAAAAGGUAAAACAUUGACAACACUAAAUUGUGAGGAGCUGUUGUGUCUCUCGAAGGCAGAGAGGCAUAGAUAAUUCAGAGGGCUGGCCAAUCACCAGCCAUACAAAGGGCAAGUGCUAGAUUCUGCAUCUGGAAUGGGGCAGCCCUGGAUGUACAUACAGACUGGGGAGCACCCCUGCAGAAAGGGACCUGUGGAUUGUGAUGGAUAACAAGUGGAAGGUGGGUUUCGGUGUACCCUGUCAGGCAGGAGGGCAGGCUGUGUCCUGGGGCAUAUCACUUACUGUGUUAGCAUCUGGUCAGGGGAGGGGAUUGUUUUUUCUGUGUCAUUCCAAAAUCUGUUCUUGAAAAGCCAAGAACUCAGCUUCUUGCCCUGUGUCAGGCAGCCAUACCUGUCACUUUAGUUUAAAAUCAGGCUUUGUUGCUGGGGUAAGCUCAGGUUCACUCCUAACUGUAGGUAAGUUUUUUUCCUUCACUAGUGGGAAAAUUUCCCCAGUGAGCAUGACUGGUAUGGUAUAAAUAAAGUGUAAAUCCUAUUAAACCAUGGAUUGGGCAACCUCAUUCUACAGCCCUGUGUUCAUGCCUUCUGGAAAGCCUAGGCAGCAGUGAAAGAGACCUGUGAGCCCUAUUUCAUGUACUGACUCACAAGAAACGCCCAGUGUUUAUUCCAGUGUUCUGCUGUCACUCUUGAUCAUUCUUAACUCACGUAAGACAGGAGGAGAGUUUUCUUGGUUGCGAGAAUGCAACACAGUUGUUGCACUCGGCUCAAGGAGAGAUUUCACAUCUGACACCACAAUGUCUCCUUUACGUCCUUGCCAGAAGGAUAGGAUCAAGUGGGAACCCUCUUUGCUCAUGAGGAUGCGUAGGGUUUUGAAGUGUACUGAUCAUCUAGUAAUACAAGGGAGCAGUGACCUCUUCCUGUUGGAGAUGUGAGCCCUGCUAAUCACAGACUGCUUUCAGCAAGGUCUGAGUUGAAGUCUGUGGGCCAAAGCUCUUGAGGUCCCUUUUCUGGGCAGGAGCUGGUGCAUGUGCUGCUGCCUCAUCAUAGCUGCUGGCAGUGGCAACCCGGAGUGGUUUUUCUGCAGCCCUUGUGAAGCAAAGAAGAGCAGGAGUCUCAAAGGGGUGAGAAAUCUAAGUUCCUGUUACUACAGACAGUGUUAAUGCAUAGUCCUGUUUUAUCCUUAAGGAAUGUCUCCUCUUGUAUCUGUCUGAAGGCUGAAGAGCCUCUGCACGUACCAGCCUUUUGACCUGCAAUUUUCGUUUUAUCUCCUGGCCUCAGCCUGCACUAGGUGGCUUGGAAAGCAGCUUAGUCAAAUGACAGCUUUGCUACAACAGCAAGGCCAAAGCCCUUCAAUAUGAUUCUUGUGAUAUUUUCCAUCUGAUUACUGCCCACUGUGGUAAAGAAAUUUUGAUAACGUAUGAGUCAAAUUGCCAGCAAUAAUUGAUAUUAGUAAAAAUUAUUACCAAAGCUGUAACCAUAUUCAAAUCCUGUUUCUAAUUGGCUCUACCUUUGUCAAGUAAACUAUUCAGUGUCCUAAAAUGAAGACAUAGGCAUAAUUGGGUAUGUGUAUAAAAAUAUGUUACCUGGAAGCAUCAUCUUUAAAGCUGACAGAGAAAAGGCGAAUUUUUGCAGUCGCUCCCAAAACUGUGAACACAACAUUCUAUCAGUGCCACAAUGCUAUAAAGACAAACUAGUGAGAGUCGAUUGGUGAUCAGGACUACCUGGAUUUUGCACCAAUGUUAACUUUAGGGAAGUUCUUGUAUAGGAUCAUAUAACAGACUAUUGUGGCUGCUCAUGUUUGAUAGCAGAGCUAGAGAUGUUACAUUCUAUAUAAGACAGCAAUUAAACCAACUACUUUGGCAAAUAUCUUAACUUAUAAAUGUGUGGGCAAAAUCGGCCACUGAUGUCUUGUAUUACUAUACAGAUCAUAUUUUUGUUUAUUAUGUAUUGCCUGUGUCUUGAUCUUGUAUCCUGCUUCUGAGGUUUGAUUGUUCUGGACACAACACCCAUUUCAGUAAGCUUACAUUGCAUUCUGUUGAUCUGGCGUUUUCCAAAUCUAACGAACAUAUUAUUUGCAGAAGGUAUCUUUUGCUGCUUCACAAUAAAUUUGCAGUUGUCUCUAGUGUUUGUAUAAAGCAGCAAUCCAGUUGCCAUUGAUUCUUCAGAACUGAGUUGAUGCUUUAGAAUUGGGUGCACAGAAUGAAUCAAGUGUCCUAUAUUAAUCUAAUACUGGGCUCUUGAGGCUUGUUUGAAGUGAUGUGCACCACCAUCCGUUCUUCUUAAGUAGCAGCACAGAAAAUCAAUUUGGUCUGGUACCCCCUCACGUGCUCCUGAAUCUCCUGCUGCCUGACAAAGAAAAAAGAAUUCAUAGGUUAGCUCAGGCUAAUCUUUGCCAUAGCAUGUGUUAAGGGCUAAGGCUGAUUGGAAUUGCUCUCUAAAUGAUAACUAAUCUAGCUGCAUGGUACUAUGGCACCUGCCAGGUGAGGUCUACCUGCUCUGCAUGGGAUGUUCAGGUGUGCUGUCCAUGAUACUGGAUUAUUUGUAGGAUAAUAUGAAGGGGUGUCACUCCCAGACACUGCCAGCAAAGUGUCUGAACAAGAAUUGAUGACCUUCAGAUUAGAUUUUCCCUGCAAUUCUGCAUAUGAUCCUGAACAUGUGUUUGUCAGCACUCUGAGGAAUUGCCUGGUGGCGUCUGUUACUUUCUACCUUCCCUGUAAAAAGAAAGGGCUGGAAAAAUAUUUUCUGUUCAUUGCACAUGUCUUGCUGCUGUGAUUUAUAGCAGCUGGCAACUUGGCUCCAUGCAGCUGUUCACACACCCCUGCUGGGAUGGGGUAGAGAAUUGUGAGAAAACUCAUGGAUUGAGAUAAACUCAAUAUAAAGGUAAAGCCAAAGCUGCAUGCACAAGCAAGGCAAAAUGAGGAAUUUAUUCACCACCUCCCCUGGGCAGGAAAGCAUUCCUGCCAUCUCCAACAAAACCAAGCUUCUAAAAUGGCCUUUUUAAGGCAGAUGUAUAUCCACAAUUUUCCUUUGUGAUGCUUGACAGAACAUGAGCAAUUUCUGAAAUCAGAGCCUGCCUCAGCUGCUAUCCAUCUUGGUUUUCUUUUGCAUCUCUCUCUUUCUAAAGUUUCUGCAUCUACCACUUGUAGCUCAUGUAGCUGGAUAUCCUCAGGAAGACUAUGACUUGUCUGCUGGGACUUUCCUCUGAUAGAAAUCUCAAUGACUAUUUAGUUGAAUUAUUUGUUGAGAGAUUAUUUGCAGUCCACAAGUUAAAGCAAGAACAGCUCUGGAUUGCCUGAGAUGCACUUUAAAAGAUGUUCUCAGAGUUUAUACUGUACAUGAAUCUAAAGAGAAGGGAGGGUUUGCUUAGAAAAUGAGCUGGAUAUACAGGAUUUCUGCCUACUCCAAGUGUUUGCUAUUAUUAUAUGUGAUGAAAACAGGAAAAAACUAAAAUUGGUGUGUGUCAAAAGUGAUGGAAAUAAUAAUGUUAAUAUGAAAAUGCAUCUAUUGUAAAAUAUGGGGAUAAUUAGAAGCUACAAGGAAAAGGAGCAUUUAAAACUUGAUAUUCUAUUUCAAAGAAAAAGUAUGAUACUGAGUAUCUUGGUUUUUUAGAAUUGUUUAAAAAAAGGCCACAAACAAUUAUCUUAGGGCUUUUCCAGGGCAUCUGUUAUAAGUUGGGUAUACUUAGAGACUUAGUCAUAAUAGCAAGGCACAGUUGUUUCCCUACUGGCAUUAUUGAAACUCAUCGUAGUCACAUCCCUGGGAUUUGUAGAUUUUGCUUAUAAGGAACGUUUUGUGUGAGAAGACAAUGUCAUCUGCAUUUCUCACUGGCAGACACAUUCAUUUUACUAAAUCUCCUUUGUUCAUACAGAAUUUCUUACUUUCAAAUUUUAUGCAAAAAUGACAAUUGUUUUUUGUGUAGCAUUUGACUCUAGUAAGUCAUUUAGGCAAAGAAAAAUGAAAUAGAAUCACUGAAAUAGAACUAUGGUGGUAAAAUAUGGGCUUUAGCCACCAUGUGGUCUAAGCCCUAUGAGAGAAAUUUUGAUAGGGUUUUCAGAGAAAGGAAGCCAUUUCAAUUUCAUGUUCAUGAAUGCAUUUCUAGCUUAAAAGGAGCUUAAACUCUAAGCCUCACUAACAAUUUACUUGGAAACAGUUUCUGCAUGUGGCUUUUUUAAAUCUGGUGUGGGUUAUCUGCCAGCCUCCUCCCCUACAUCUCACUACUAGUAGUAAUGUCAUUAGAUGAUUAUUACUGGUAACCUCAACAGAGAGAUUUAGUCAUAAUUGAAAAAGAACUUCAAGUGUAUUUAAUCAACUGUGUGCUCAUUUUAUUAGUGGAGACUCAUGUACCAUAUAACUUUGCCUUAAGUGAAGUGCAUUUAUGGCCUGGGGCUGAAUAGCUGUUAUGUUCCCAGGAGUGGGAAAUCCUUAAGCUUGCAUGAAAUUGCACCAGUUUCUCAGAAGCAGGUAGAAUUGGCCUUUAGAAGAGAUUUUUUUUUUUUUUUUAUACAACUUUCUAAUUUUUUUGGCUAACAGUAGUUAUCUUUGGCUGGUGAUGUGUGACUGUGUACGAUUUAGUUAGAAAGUGCAGAUUCAGAGAAGGAUUAUACAGUGGAAAUCUGAAGCAGGGAGAAAGCCGCCACUGAAAAAAUGCUGGUUUGUAACAUUUUGCCUUCAGUGUACUACCUAAAUAAGGUUUCAUUUAACAUUGUUUCCUGAAGGGUCACUAAAUGUGUGACAUAAAAUCUGAGUCUUUUCCUUGAUGGAAAGGGUCUUUCCUCACCUGAGUGUUGCAAGGUGGGCAAGAUGUCGGACAGAGACAGAGAAAUUAAGUGGGACAGCAAGAUUUCAGGAAAGUAAUCCAGGGGUUUAAUUUUCUGAUGAAAACCUAUGAGGUAACCUGUGUGAAGUUGAAAUCCAUGCCCCAUCUUGCACUUUGCAGUCAUUUCAUUCUUUCUUCCCAAGGGCCUUCUGCUACCUAUGGUUAGUUUUGCAGAGAAGGGAAGGAAAACUGGUAGCCAGCUGGAAAAUUUAAAAUAUAUUGUCAUCCCUCAGCACCCUGCUCUGUCAAAACAUGGCAAAGCACAAGUAGCACACCCCUGCUGAGGUGCUGCAGAUAUUCCUUUCUAAGCUGGUAUCAGGGUGGAUGGGAGAACCUGCAAAAUACAGAAAAGUAAAAAAGGUAGUUUUAAUUCCUUGUAGGCUUUAUCUGAGUGAUCAUCAUCAGAGCAAACUAAUAACAGUAAGAAAACAGCAACAGAGACUUACAGCUUCUCUUGGGACUUGCAGCUCCUGCACUUAGAGAUGAAGUAUACCCUACUGCCAGCCCAGGGUCCCCUGGACUGUGCCCACAGCAAAUUUCAAAUCCCAAGUAAGAUUCUGCUUUGAUUUAUGAAUUCUGGUGCAUUGAACUGAGUUCAGACUCUUGGUAUUCUUCUGUAGUUAUUCCUGUUUUCCUUGUUACCAGCUUUCAAGUGCUUCUGAGGUGCCAGUGUGUUGCUGACUGAUGAACUGACAAUACAAGCUUCAAUCCACACUGCUUCUUUAACCUUAUACUUGAUGAUGGAAGAAACAGCUGAACCAAGUACAAAGACCCAUCAAAACCAAAUAACUCAGCUAAAACGUUUUGUAACCAGUGUUUUUCACAGAAGCAGUUAAGAUUAUGUGGAUCAGCUGGUGUGCUUUGUGUCUGGUGAAAAGAAGCUUAUUUAAAUUAAGAGAGCCAGGAAAUCUGUGUCUCAGUCCAGAAGGAAGAUGGGUUCCACGGAAGACCUUGACUAUCCUCAAAUCAUUGUGCAAUACAGCAAUGGAUUUUUAAUCUCAAAGGUUAUGUUCACUGCCUGUGAGUUGGGGGUGUUUGAUUUUCUUCAGGAGUCAGGAAAGCCUCUGCCUUCAGAUGCCAUUGCUGCAGGUCUGAGUGCCAGCACCAUGGGGAUGAAAAGACUGCUGGAUGCCUGUGUGGGAUUGAAGCUCUUGGCAGUAGAGAUGACGCAAGGAGGAGCCCUUUACAGAAACACAGAAAUUUCCAACAUCUACCUUACAAAAUCAAGUCCAAAGUCUCAGUAUCACAUUAUGAUGUAUUAUUCCAACACAGUCUACUCGUGCUGGCAGUAUCUGACUGAUGCUGUGAGAGAAGGAAGAAACCAAUAUGAAAAAGCUUUUGGUGUUUCAUCUAAAGACCCUUUUGGAGCAAUGUACAGAUCAGAUGAAGAAAUGCUAAAAUUCAUGGCUGGCCAGAACUCAGUAUGGAGUAUAUGUGGCAGAGAUGUUCUUGCUGCAUUUGACCUUUCUCCUUUCACGCAGAUCUAUGACCUGGGAGGAGGUGGAGGAGCUUUGGCCCAAGAGUGUGUUUCUUUGUAUCCAAAUUCUACCGUCACAAUAUAUGACCUGCCCAAAGUUGUGCAGGUGGCCAAAGAACAAUUUGUUUCCCCUGAGGAGCAUCAGAUCACUUUCCAUGAAGGAGACUUCUUUAAUGAUUCAAUACCUGAAGCUGAACUGUAUAUUUUAUCCAAGAUACUGCAUGAUUGGGAUGAUGACAAAUGCAAACAACUGCUGGCAAAAGUCUACAAAGCUUGCAAACCUGGUGGUGGGGUGCUGCUGGUUGAAUCCCUUCUGAAUGAAGACAAAAGUGGGCCUGUAGAAACCCAACUGUAUUCGAUGAAUAUGUUGGUCCAGACAGAAGGGAAAGAGAGAACAGCAGCAGAGUACAGCAAGCUCCUGGAGGCAGCUGGCUUUGGAGUGAUUCAAGUAAAAAGAACUGGAAAACUCUAUGAUGCUGUUUUAGGAAGGAAACAGUAGUAUGCGUUUUAUGUAUGUAACAAAACAGAAAAAGUUGAGAAAUGUGCUAUUCUCUUCUUAGUGGGCAAUGAUAAACUUAGCUUUUAGUUAAGGCUGCCAACUUUUUUGUAAGCUGCUACAUUGUCAAAAGACUCACUAAUAACAGAUCUACAAAUCUGGAAGCCUGGCUUGGCUUGCCUUUGGAUCUGGGAAGGAAAGACCUUCCACAAGAAACAAUCCACAAAAUAAAUGUGUAGUGUUCCUGCUUCAGCUUGUAUCAGUCUUUCUGAUUUUUAACACUGUAUCUGACAAAAGCAGAGUUGAAUUUGUAUUUGAGCUCCUGCAAAAUAAAACUAAUCCCUGUACUGA